CCCGUGCUAGACGCCAGCGGGGUGAGGAUCGGCUAGAGCAGCCGACUGAGGCCGCGCGUUCCCCGCGCAGUUCGCGCUUACCGGCCGGGGGCGGCGGGGCUCACCAGCCGCUGCACGGAUGGGGCUGUGUUUUCCCUGUCCAGGGGAGUCCGCGCCUCCGUCACCGAACCUGGAAGAAAAAAGAGCAAAGCUUGCAGAAGCUGCAGAGAGAAGACAGAAGGAGGCUGCAUCUCGGGGCAUUUUGAAUGUUCAGUCUGUGGAAGAAAAGAGAAAGAAAAGAGAAAAAAUAGAAAAGCAAAUAGCUACAUCUGGGCCCCCACCAGAAGGUGGACUUAGAUGGACAGUUUCAUAAAAGAUAAUACGAGAGUCUACUGCCAGUAACUAAUAUCUGCAAUCAAGUGGACAUCCUCUAUUUAAUUUCUUCUUUUUGAAUAAAUGAAGAUUCAGGCUUUGUAAUUUUAGUGCCCUUAAAUGCAGUGCUUUUUCAGUAUUGAAAUAUUGAAAAUGAUUUCAAUAUUGGAUUUUCAGACUUGGAAAAUGGCCAGACCUUUCACUGAAUACUUAUUUUCCUACAUUUGCUAUUCUGCUGGUAGUGGGUAAUUUGCCAUUUUUAGUAGUGAAAUCUAAAAGGUAAAUAUAUAUAUAUAUAUAUAUAUAUAUAUAUAUAUAUAUAUAUAUAUAUAUAGUCACAUAUAAAGAUUCCCCAUUUCAAAUAUUAAAAUUUGCAGUUUUAUUUUUUCUCCUUUAUAAAAAUGCUCUAUUUAUAAUAUUUUUGCUUAGCCACACAUUGCUUUUGUUUCAUUAUUUAUGAAGUCUUUUGCUUAAACUUCUGGACUUAGUGCCUUUAAACAUCAUCAGGGAAAACCUUAAAAUCAUUUGAAAGGGUUAUAUGAAGGAACACUGUAAAUUUUUAUAACUCAUUAAGUAAUGAAUAUUUGUAGAAAAUGUUGCAUUUCUCAUUUGUUUUCUACUUGUGUAGCUUAUAAAUGUAACACACUGUUUUACAUUUUUUGGCCUGCUGGAUUCGGAAUCACACAUCGGCGGUGCCGUCAGAGGGCAGUGAUACCCUGCUCCAGAGCAAAAGAGUCGGCUCCGUGGAGAUCUGUGUAGUAACCGAAUGAGUUAAACUAGGAAUCAGGGUGGGUUAUACCAAGUGGUAAUGUACUUGUCCACAUUUCAUAAAUGUUUUUAUUCUUUUGUAUUUAUUUAAAAAUGAUCAUAAGAUUUAUACAGGUAUAAAAUUGCCAAGGCAAACAGGAAUGUAUGAAAGAGAAACAUGCAGGAACUGUAUUUUAAAAGGACCUUCUUUAAGUGUAAAACUAUUACGAGCUAAUUCUAUGGUAGGCAUAGUCAUGAACUUUGUAGAUGUCUGUUUAUUAGUAACAUGAGUUUUAUCACAUUUUUGGUUUUUGAAUUUCUUUUAAUGUGUACUAAGCUAAAGUAGGAGAAUCGCUGUAUCUUUUAAGUAGCUAUUAUGAUUUGCUAACUCUUUUGGGUGGCAAGGCUACAGUCUGAGGCCUAAGUUCGAAUUUGCAGGUACUAAGUGUCAAUAAGGACUAAAUUAAAUAGACCCGUCCAUUUGAUUUAUAGAAAGGAAACUCAGCCACUGUAUUGCUCAUCCCUACUACAAGACUUGUGUUACAUUGCAGUGUAUUGUAUAUGUUCAUUUUAAAGAAUUUGAACUAUAAUAUAGGACUCUUGACUCAUCGUUGGAAAAAUUACCCUUUCUAUUAUGGCACGAAAUAAGUAUCUCAUGAUAUCCACACAAGACAUACAGUUAGGCUCAAUUUUCUUCAUCCCUUAGAGGAUUGAAAAUCAUAAAGGAUAGUGAAACUUUUGAAUUUUAGAAAUAAAAUUUUGAUUGUAUGAACAUGAUUAAUUUUUCCAAGGCAGAAAGGAAAAAGGAUUAUUAACAGCUGAAAGGAUAUAGGACCAGAUGUAUCAUCCUUGAACUGUGCAAAUCUGUCGUCCUGUUUUAAUAUUGAAAUCACAGUUUUAUCUGUACUACAUCCUAAGUGACAGCGUGGGUUAGUGUAAACAAAAGGUUUACAUCUAGGGUAUAAUUCCCUGUUUCUGACAGCAGCUCGUGUGCAGACACCAUACUGUGUGCUGUGGAAGCAUGGAUGGGAGGCUGCUGCAUUGAUUUCUGGGAACCGUGGGGAGUCCUGCUCCGGCCAGCCACGCCCUGCCUGCCCCCGUGGGUGUGGGCAGCUUCCCCAGGCCACCUGGGUGACAUGGGCUCAGAGGUGAUACCCAAAUGUCAGGAACAGUGUUAGGAAAGGAAAGGGGGAGACUAAAUGCCUGAUAGGAAACUGGUAAAUUAUUACUAAAAAGGGAAUAUUUGUGCACAUGCAUAUAGAUACAUCCAGGCAUCUCCCUCAUCAAGUUACGAAUCACUUCCUGAUGAAAACCUUCAUUGGGAACCAAUUUACCAUAAUUCAUGGUUUAAAUAGGAAAACACAAUGCUUAAUAUACCCAAACCUCCCACUCAAAUUACUAAAAUGUUAAUGAAAUAGUAAAAUGCAUAUACCUAACGAUCGUGUUAAGCUGUAAAAUGCCUAAAUCACUGCUUUAUUCUUCUAGUUGUCAAACAGAUAACAUGGCCGGUGACAAAAAGCUGCACAUUAUUCCAUGGACUCUUGGUUGACACACUGCAUGUUUUAUUAAGUGUCUGUAUGAGUCACUGUUCUGCCAGUUGUGUUUGGAAUGUAAUUCCCACACAUGGUUUUGCUAUAAAUUCUGUAUUGCCAUCCAGGGAGAUAAAUACACAUUUUUCCUUUAUAA